UAAUCCUUAUUCAGUUCUGCCAAAACCAUUCUCUUUUCGUGUCUCUUCGCGUGUGUGUGUAUAUAUAAACUACAGAGUAACUGAAAAAGGAGGAAGAAAUGGGAAAGUAUACAUAAAUCCGGCAUGAACGCUUCCUUGCUUCCUUGGCACCCAUCUCUCUCUCUUUUUUGAACUGACAUUCAUAGCUUAAACGAAACUGACCGACCAAGCAAAGCUGUUCAAGACAUGCUUCAACUCCGCCAUCCUUGACUUAUUGAUGUUGCUUUCACACAACGCGUUUGCCCCUGCGUUUGUUCUUCACCCGAAUUUUGUCUUUCCCACCAGGGGAACAAUUCCCAGAUUCCAGAUUUUUCUCUUGAGCUCAAAUGUCUGAGAAACAAUCUGUGCCGGACCUCGAAGCCAUGCCAGUCUCUGAACUUUUCAAGAAAUUUAAGCGUUUGAGACUGUUUGAGCCGUCCGUGGGUGUUCUGGGAUUCAUCUGUAUCACUGUCUUUGUGAUUUGCUGCUUCUUCUACUUGGAUCAUAGAGCUGUGGCUAAAGGGUCAAUAUUUCCCGGCCAGUCGGAAAAGUUCAUGUGGUUGCAGAAUAACGGGUCCGGUGAGGACCAAAGGGUGGAGUUCCUUGAAGAAAACGGUGGCGGGUGUGAUAUAUUUGUAGGGGAUUGGGUGUGGGAUGACAACUAUCCUCUGUAUCGAUCUAAAGACUGCAGAUUUUUAGAUGAAGGAUUCCGGUGCUCUGAGAAUGGGAGGCCUGAUUUGUUUUACACCAAGUGGAGAUGGCAACCCAAAUAUUGCAACUUGCCCAGGUUUAAUGCAAAACUGAUGUUAGAAAAUCUGCGAAACAAAAGGCUAGUGUUUGUUGGUGAUUCAAUUGGGAGAAACCAAUGGGAGUCCCUCCUCUGCAUGCUCUCAUCCGCAGUUCCUAACAAGGAUUCAAUCUAUGAAGUAAAUGGAAGCCCGAUUACAAAGCACAAAGGGUUCUUAGUGUUCAAGUUUAAGGACUUCAACUGCACAGUGGAGUAUUAUAGAUCUCCAUUUCUUGUAUUACAGAGCCGGCCCCCUGCCGGAGCUCCCCCGGAGGUAAGGACAACCUUGAAAUUGGAUAAAAUGGACUGGAACUGUGUGACGUGGAGGGAUGCAGAUGUGCUGGUCUUAAACACAGGGCAUUGGUGGAAUAAUGCGAAGACCAUAAGAGGGGGUUGUCACUUCCAGGAAGGUGCAGAGGUGAAGAUGGAUAUGAAAGUAGAGCACGCAUAUCAGAAGUCCAUAGAGACUGUGGUGCACUGGAUACACACUCGGUUAAAUACAAGCAAGACUCAGGUUUUCUUUCGCACAUAUGCCCCUGUACAUUUCAGAGGAGGGGAUUGGAGGAAUGGAGGAAACUGUCACUUGGAGACACUUCCAGAUCUGGGAACCUCGUUGGUUCCUUCUGAUACUUGGGCGCAUUUCAAAGUAGCCAAUGCUAUAUUAUCAGCUCACUCAAACACAUCACAAGAAAUGAAAUUUGAGGUAUUGAAUGUAACUCACAUGACUGCACGCAGAAAAGAUGGACAUUCAUCUUUAUAUUACCUGGGUCCGGAUAUAGGCCCUGCAGCUAUCCAUCGCCAGGAUUGUAGUCAUUGGUGUCUCCCCGGAGUCCCUGAUACAUGGAAUGAGCUACUCUAUGCACUCCUCCUUAAGCGUGAGGCUACUAGAACCUGAAACUCAUCCUAGUAUCAGGUGCAAAGCAUUACGAGGUGAAAAAAAAAAGCUUCUUAUUUAUGUUAAAAAAAGAUGGACAUUUAUUUAUGCACAGAUUACUCAAACUUCGGAAAAAUGACAAAAGAAUAAAAGAAAACAGACACUUAAGACAGUUACAGGAGUUUUGCUAUAUGGGUUCAAGUGGAUCUCAUAUAUCGACGCUGAUACAGGGGUGAGCAAGGAUUUUUGAAAUGAAGACAUGACACUGUAAAGAAACAUUUUUAAAUUGGGUCUUUUUGCUUUGAUUAUAUAGCGUGGUAUAGUUCUAUACCUAAUUUACAAAAUUUUGUUUGUAUAUUAUAACUUGUAUCAAGCACCAAAUGUAUCUUCCUCUUUCUUUGAUGAAAAAUAGCAUUCCAACAUUGCUGAUCA